UUUUAAUCGGUACGGAUCCAUGUUCCGAGCGGUCGGAACAUUGGAAAUUUUUUAAACUUUUAUUAAUUCGUUCGCAGAACUGAAACUAUUUGUUAUAUACGAUAAAGGUGUUGAAAUUGUUGAUAGUUAAUUGUUUUUUGUUGCAGAAUAGUUAAUUUUUAGCAGAUCCAGAGCUUUCACAUACCAGGAUAACAGCACCCAAUAAAUUAUUCUAUUUAUUCGUACUGCACGCUAUACUGAAAGAGAAUGGAUGGAGCCAGUGGAAGCAGUAACUCGGAUCCUCGAUUCGAAUUUCUCGGUUCGUUUGUGCAGAAAACGCUUAAGCUGAAACCGGAAAAAUGGCACCGUUUAGUCACACUCGAAGAGCACAAAACAGUUUUGAAGGAGUUUUUUGAUAAUCAAACUUCAUUAGUAUUGAUUAUUAUACUCACACCAUCUGCACAGUUGAUUCCGCUUGUCAGUUUUCCGAUGGCACAGUUAAAAAAUAAAGGAGUUUACUUCGUUAAAAAGAACACAGUAGAAGUUCCCCGCGAGGGCUGCAAGGAUUGUUUAGUUGUAGGAGAUUUAGCAACACGCACCAUCGAUCAGCUGUCGUGCCUCGUAGAUGAGAUUUUCGUUCCAUUGUUAUCGAACUCCGACAACCACCAAGGGUGGCCGGAAAUGGUUGCACAAGACGUACAAAAGCAGGUUCACAGCCUCAAAAGCACCGUCUAUCAAGUCCAGGGUCAAGUUAGUGGACAAACUGUUCUACCAAUGCCCGUCGGAGUUGAUAAAUGUGUGCAAACCGCAAAAGAACUAGUUGUCAAUGCGGAAUGUUCAAUCAAUCUCUACCUCAAGAGUGCGAUCGAAGGUGUCGUCAUCAAGUGGGCCACCCAGGUGAACGACGUAAUGCUCGAGUCCAGUGGAAACGCCUUCAACGGUGGACAGAACCCAGUACCGUCUGUUGAAAUCAAUUUUUGGAACAACAGGCUAAAAAAUCUCACCUACAUCUACGAACAGCUACGCCACGAACGAAUUCGAAGUAUGGCAUUGAUUUUGGAAUUCACCGAUAGCGCAUAUUAUCCUUGUUUUAAAACACUGUUUAAAAAUGUUGUCACCGCACUGGCCGAAGCACGUGAUAUUACACUUUAUCUGAACCCUCUCACGCGACACUUCCAGCAACUGGAGGACACCGAAUUUUCCGAGUGUAGAGUAUUGCUAAAGCCUCUGAUGCACGUGGUAUGUCUAAUUUGGUCUAACUCUCUGUAUUACUGUCACUCGGCCAAAUUGAUUGUACUGCUGAGGCAAAUUUGCAACUUGAUUAUACAACAGGCAAAACGAUUUCUCGACCCAUCGUCCAUCUUUCACACCGACAUCGAUGAAGCAAUGCAACGCAUAUCACUUUCGAUCCAAAUUCUCAAAUACUUCCGGACCGUAUACGAUGAAUACAAGGACAACAUUGCUCCGUUCUUCCGAGAACGUCCGGUAGUCAACUGGACAUUUCACCCGAAUGCUGUAUUCGAACGAUUUAAUGCAUUUCUCGAGCGUCUCUUUACCAUACAGUGGUUCUUCAAUACGGUCAUAGAGUUUUUAAAACUCGAGAAGGUUGAAAUCGGAGGACUCAAAGGACGGGCACUGAGUGCCCGCAUAACCGGAGUAUCGGUGGAGUUUAACCAAUGCUUCUCGGUAUUUGCUUCCAAAACAUAUGAUGUGCUGGAUCCUGAUGAUCCGACGUUCAAAGAGGAUUUCGUCAAGUUCCAAGAUCGUAUACUGGAACUAGAUUUGAAGCUAGCUGCCAUUCUAUGCCAGGCAUUCGAUGAUUGUCACAAUUUGGAAAGUGUUUUCAAGUUGAUCAGCAUAGUUGGAACUGUUUUGGAUCGCCCGAAAAUCAGAGAAGAGUUCACGGGGAAGUAUCGACAGAUUCUAUUCAUGAUUGACGACGAAUUAAGUACAUGUGAAGACAUUUUCGAUAUGCAAAUGGAACAUUUUCGCAAAAGCGGUCAUAUUUUUGUCGAUCGCAGUGCACCUCCCGUUACAGCAAGUCUGCGCUGGGUUCUGCAAUUGACAAACCGCAUCACUACUCCGAUCAAGCAGUUUCAAACUUUGCAGCAUCCCGUCGUCCAAUCCGAUGAGGGACAGGAGCUUAUUUUUCGCUUCGAAGAACUGAUCAGAAAACUAAAAGAGUUUGAAAAAUCCAUUUUUGAAGCCUGGGCGGCCACGGUAGAAGAAAUCAUCGAAGAAAACCUAGACAAACCGUUGAUCGUGAGGAAACGGGAUUGUUCGGAGCUUUCACUAAACUUCAGCGCACAUUUGUUCUCUAUUUUGCGCGAAGUACACUAUCUUCGGUUGAUGGAGAAAGACAACAUACCGCAGCGAGGAUUGGAGCUGUCCGACAAGAGUGACGUUUACCGAUCCUACAAUCUGAAUCUCGAGAAAACGGUCGAAUGGUACAACAAAAUUAGACGCAACUGCACGGAAGUGGAGCUGGAACUGAUCAAGGAUGAAAUUAAAAUGAUCGAUGAACUGUUAGAGAGGGCCAUCAACGAACUCACGUGGAACUCGGAAGAUAUCACUGAUUAUAUGAACAAAAUGCGUGACCCCGUGGAACAACUGCAAGGUCGCAUGCACAAGAUCCAAGCAAAUCUUAAGGAAAUCAAAUCGCUGAUGUCGUCCUGGGCAAAGGCACCGCUUUUCGUGCGCAAAGAUGCUAAAAAGGAUACUGUCCUGUGUCUCGAAGAGCGCAACGAUCGCAAGUCGAAACGUUACGCUGAACUCGAAAGUGUCUCGGCCAAGGUUCACCAGCUGCUGGAUGCUAACAUGCAUUUAUUCGGCAUGGCAGACAAACAGGACGAUGAGAAUUUUUUCAAAUAUGUGCAAUUUGUCGACAAUAUUGUGUACGAGAAUUUACUGUUUAUGAUUGGUAUCAGCAUGGGAUACCUUGUCGAGAACAUGGACGCAGGCAAUAAUAUGGCACCGUUGUUUGAAUCUAGAUUAGAACUACUCGAACCGGAUUUAGUAUUUGUACCGUCUCUGAAUCCUACCGAUCCAAAUGGAUUCAACUUUUUGUUGGCUGGAUUGGUUUCCGAUAUUACUUAUAUGUCCUCAUUGAUUCCAAGGUUGUUGAAAGUUUCCGAUGAGUCGUAUGAACAGAUGGUAAUGGGCAACACCGACAUACAAGAUAUGAAAGUAGAGAUCUUGCAAGGUGUCGACAAAGUGAUUCAAGAGGCAGCUCAAUUUUGUGGUGAUUUUGAACGGUACAGCUAUUUAUGGCUAGAAGACAGGGAAUACAGUAUGGAAAUAUUUUUGGAAUAUGGUCGACAGCUGGAGGCAGAUGAACUCGAGUUGAUUGCUAACAAAGAUCCUGAAGCACCUCAACCGUGUCCGCCUGUUAUUGAAGCUUUUCGUGAACAGAUUGACCAUUACGAGUCACUUUAUUUAGAGAUAGAGACGAUAGAGCCGUUUCAAAUCUUCAAUGCAUGGUUCCAGGUUGACGUCAGACCAUUUCGACAGUCACUUUUGAACAUUGUAAGAAAGUGGGGCAAUAUGUUCAAAGAUCACCUGGUAACGAAUGUCACCUACAGUUUAACAGAUUUGGGUAUCUUUAUUAGAAAAGCAGAUGAAGGUCUGCUGCAGGUGGUAAAGGAAGGCGAUUACGAUGGACUUGUGAAUAUUAUGGCGUAUUUACUGCAUGUAAAAGAACGCACUGCAACAACGGACGAGAUGUUCGGACCAAUGAAAGAGACUAUUGAACUACUGAAAUACUACGACAUGGACAUUCCCGAAGAGGUCAAUGUUUAUUUGCAGGAACUACCUGAACAGUGGGCUAAUACCAAAAAGAUUGCGCUCACUGUUAAGCAACAGGUUGCACCUCUGCAAGCGAACGAAGUUGUAGGCAUCCGAAAUAAGAUAGCCGCAUUCGAUCUGCACAUUGCUCUGUUCAGGGAUAUUUUCCGGACUUACGAAUUCUUCAAAUACGACAGUGAGACACCGUACAAGUUAAUGAACCGGAUCAAUGGAGAUAUGGAACGUCUGGAGAAAGAUAUGUCCGACAUUCACGAGUCUGGAAGUCUGUUUGAAGUUCCAGUUCCAGAGUUCAAGCUUUUGAAACAGUGUCGCAAAGAGAUGAAAAUGUUGAAGCAACUGUGGGAUUAUGUGUACAUUGUUCGGACUAGCAUUGAGGACUGGAAAACUACUCCAUGGCGCAAGGUUGACGUUGAGAACAUGGAUAUCGAGUGUAAAAAAUUCGCUAAAGAUAUUCGUUUGCUGGACAAAGAAAUGCGAUCAUGGGAUACCUACAUGACACUAGAGGCCACCGUUAAGAACAUGCUGACUUCCCUCAGAGCCGUGGGAGAACUCCAGAAUCCGGCAAUUCGAGAACGUCACUGGAACCAACUCAUGUCUUCUACGAAGAGUUUAGCUAGUCUGCCUCCCGAGAUUACCGUGCAAUUCAUCAUGGACAAAAACACAACCCUUUCCGACCUGCUUGCGUUGAACCUGCACGAGUGCGAGGAAGAGGUGAAAAACAUUGUCGACAAAGCCGUGAAAGAGAUGUCAAUGGAAAAGAUUCUACGCGAUCUGAACACGACCUGGACGGUUAUGGAGUUCGAGCACGAGAUCCAUUCUCGAACCGGUUGUUCCCUGUUGAAAGCAUCCGAGGAGCUAAUCGAAACACUGGAAGAAAACCAGGUGGUAUUGCAGAACUUGAUGACCUCCAAGUUCGUCGCUCACUUUCUGGAGGAAGUGUCCACGUGGCAGAAAAAACUAACUACCGCCGAUCAAGUGAUCACCGUGUGGUUUGAGGUGCAACGUACCUGGACGCACCUUGAAUCAAUCUUCAUGAGUUCGGAAGACAUCCGCAAGCAACUUCCGGUCGAUUCGGACCGCUUCGACAACAUCGAUGCCGACUUCAAAGUAAUGAUGGAGGAAAUGUCUCGCACAUCGAACGUGAUUCACGCUACUAAUCGAGACGGUCUUUGUGAGAAACUGGACAGCCUUCAAAGUGAACUCACGCUGUGCGAAAAAGCGUUAGCCGAAUACCUGGAAACGAAGCGAUUGUAUUUUCCUCGUUUCUAUUUCGUGUCGUCUGCUGAUCUGCUGGACAUUCUUAGUAACGGCAACCGUCCUGAGGUAGUAUGCAAACAUCUAACCAAACUGUUUGAUUCAAUUGCAAACCUGAAACUACAACCCGAUGAAGACAAUAACAAACAAGCCCUAGGAAUGAUUGCUAAAGACACCGAAUUUGUCAAAUUCUUCGAACUAUGCAGCUGCACAGGAGCAGUUGAAGUCUGGCUAAACCAAGUACAAAAAUCAAUGAGAGCGGCACUACGAAAUUACAUGGCCGACGCGGUUGUUACGUACGAAGAAAAACAGCGGGAACACUGGUUGUUUGACUAUCCAGCUCAAGUAUCCCUCUGCGGCACCCAAAUCUGGUGGACAACCGAGGUCGACAUUGCGUUCAACCGUCUCGAAGAGGGUUACGAUAACGCCAUCAAAGAUUACUACAAAAAACAAAUCUCGCAACUUAGCACUUUAAUCACUCUGUUGCUCGGUGAGCUGACCAAGGGAGAUCGACAGAAAAUCAUGACCAUCUGUACCAUCGAUGUGCACUCACGCGAUGUUGUCAGCAAGUUGAUCCAGUCGAAAGUCGAAAGUGCCACUGCGUUUCAAUGGCAGUCACAGCUACGUCAUCGCUGGGACGACAUCGAUAAGGACUGUUUUGCCAAUAUUUGCGACGCUCAAUUCCGCUACAGCCAUGAAUAUCUUGGAAACACACCACGUCUUGUGAUCACUCCACUGACCGAUCGCUGCUACAUCACACUGACUCAAUCGUUACAUCUUGUAAUGGGCGGUGGUCCAGCAGGACCAGCGGGAACAGGAAAAACCGAAACUACUAAGGAUUUAGGUAGAGCACUGGGAAUCAUGGUGUAUGUGUUCAACUGUUCUGAACAGAUGGACUACAAAUCGUGCGGUAAUAUCUACAAGGGACUGGCCCAAACCGGUGCUUGGGGCUGCUUUGACGAGUUUAAUCGAAUAUCGGUUGAGGUGUUGUCCGUCGUUGCCGUACAGGUAAAAUCCGUCCAGGAUGCCAUAAGGGACAAGAAAGACAUGUUCAACUUCAUGGGAGAGAUUAUAGCUUGCGUGCCAACCGUGGGCAUUUUCAUAACUAUGAAUCCAGGUUACGCUGGUCGUACAGAAUUGCCAGAGAAUUUGAAAGCUCUGUUCAGACCAUGUGCGAUGGUUGUUCCAGAUUUUGAGUUGAUUUGUGAAAUCAUGUUAGUCGCUGAAGGAUUUCAAGAUGCCAGAGUACUAGCAAGGAAAUUUAUUACACUGUACACUUUGUGCAAAGAGUUAUUAUCUAAACAAGAUCAUUAUGAUUGGGGUUUACGUGCCAUCAAAUCUGUACUGGUCGUAGCUGGUUCACUCAAGCGAGGUGAUCCUGGCCGCCCCGAGGAAGAAGUGCUGAUGAGAGCACUUCGUGAUUUUAAUAUUCCCAAGAUUGUAACGGACGACAUGCCCGUAUUCAUGGGCCUCAUUGGUGAUCUGUUUCCGGCAUUGGAUGUUCCUAGGAAACGAGACAUGGAGUUCGAAAAAACGGUUAAGCAAGCAACGCUCGACCUGGCACUGCAACCGGAAGAUAAUUUUAUUCUCAAGGUAGUUCAGCUAGAAGAACUGUUGGAAGUUCGACACUCGGUGUUUAUUGUAGGUAACGCCGGAACAGGAAAAACACAAGUUUGGAAAACAUUGUAUAAAACUUAUCAGAACAUUAAGAAAAAACCUAUUUUCAACGACUUGAAUCCGAAAGCUGUCACGAACGAUGAAUUGUUCGGAAUCAUAAAUCCAGCCACCAGAGAAUGGAAAGAUGGACUAUUUUCCGUUAUAAUGCGCGAGCAGGCCAGUUUGAGCGGAGACAAUCCAAAAUGGAUUAUUCUAGAUGGUGAUAUAGAUCCAAUGUGGAUCGAGAGCUUAAACACUGUAAUGGACGACAACAAGGUGCUGACGCUAGCGUCCAACGAGCGGAUUGCGCUAACUCCAUACAUGCGGCUAAUAUUCGAAAUAUCCAAUUUGCGUACUGCAACUCCAGCAACCGUAUCUCGUGCGGGUAUUCUCUACAUUAAUCCACAGGACUUAGGCUGGAAUCCAUACGUCACCAGCUGGAUUGAAACUCGUACGAUCCCGGCAGAAAAGUCCAAUCUUGUCAUACUAUUCGACAAAUACAUCCCGUCUUGUUUGGACAACAUCAGAACUCGGUUCAAGAAAAUUACCCCAAUUGCCGAGAUGGCUCACAUUCAAAUGCUGUGUCACUUAUUGGAGUGUCUUCUGAUCCCAAUCAAUACUCCUGCUGAUUGUCCGAAGGAGUGGCAUGACCUAUAUUUUGUGUUCUCGUGCGUUUGGGCAUUCGGUUCGGCUAUGUUUCAAGAUGCGGCGAUUGAUUACCGCGUAGAAUUUAGCAAGUGGUGGGUUAACGAAUUUAAAACGGUCAAGUUUCCUCCCACUGGUACAGUAUUUGAUUACUUUAUCGAUACGGAAACUAAACAUUGGACUCCAUGGACGGAAAUUCUUCCCAAAUUCGAGAUGGACUGUGACCAACCGUUACAAUCGGUUCUGGUGCACACAUCCGAAUCCAUACGACUAAGAUUCUUUCUAGAUUUGUUGAUGGACCGUUGUCACCCGGUGAUGCUAGUGGGUAUUGCGGGUUGUGGCAAAACGGUCGUUGUCAACGAAAAAUUAUCCAAUUUGUCCGAAAACUUUGCCAUCGCAAACAUCCCCUUCAAUUUCUAUACCACUUCUGAGAUGCUUCAAAAAGUUAUGGAGAAACCUUUAGAAAAGAAAGCGGGUCGUAACUACGGGCCUCCCGGGAGUAAAACACUUAUUUACUUCAUUGACGAUAUGAAUAUGCCCGAGGUGGACGCCUACGGCACAGUUCAACCACACACACUAAUCCGACAACAUUUGGACUACAGUCAUUGGUAUGAUAGGAAUAAGUUAACACUGAGAGACAUUCACAACUGUCAGUACGUCUCGUGUAUGAAUCCCACCUCGGGUAGCUUCACUAUCAACCCCAGACUUCAACGACACUUUUGCGUAUUCGCCGUUAGCUUCCCCGGAUCCGAGGCCGUUACCACCAUCUAUCAUUCGAUCCUUCUUCAGCACUUUGCGAAUGCUGAACAGAAGUUCAACAUAGCUGUAACUAAAAUAUCACAAAAUAUUGUCGCAGCAAGUUUGGCUCUGCACUCUAAAGUGGCACAGGUGUUUCUUCCGACAGCCAUCAAGUUUCACUACGUUUUUAACCUGCGAGAUCUUACCAACGUAUUUCAGGGUUUAUUAUUCAGCACAAACGAUUGCCUGAUGACAUCCAGCGACUUCAUUCGUUUGUGGUUACACGAAACGCAAAGAGUCUAUGGAGACAAGCUUCUGGACGAUAAAGAUAUAGAUAGUUUUACUAAGAUGCAAAACGAUUUGGUUAAAAAAUCCUUCGAAGAAAUCGAUGAAUCCAUUGUGUUUGACAAACCGAAUCUGUACUGUCACUUUGCCGGUGGCAUCGGGGAGCCGAAAUACAUGCCGAUUACAGACUGGGGUGUACUGACAAAACUACUACAGGAAGCUAUGAUGUCUUACAACGAUUUGAUCGCAGCUAUGAACUUGGUAUUGUUUGAGGACGCAAUGAUGCAUGUGUGCAGAAUCAAUCGUAUUCUCGAAUCACCACGCGGAAGCGCCUUGCUGGUGGGAGUGGGUGGUAGUGGAAAACAGUCCUUGAGUCGCCUAGCCGCGUUCAUAUCCAGUUUAGAGGUUGCACAAAUUCAACUGAAGAAAGGCUAUAGCGUAGCAGAUUUAAAGAAUGAACUUUCAGGAUUGUACCUAAAAGCCGGUAUGAAAAACGUCGGUAUUAUGUUCUUGAUGACAGACGCUCAAGUGUCCAGCGAAAGUUUUUUGGUAGUAAUCAACGAUCUACUGUCGUCCGGUGAAAUUGCAGAUCUAUUCCCCGACGAUGAAAUCGAGAACAUAAUAUCAGGAGUACGUAAUGAGGUCAAGGGAGCCGGCUUGGUUGACACCCGUGAAAAUUGUUGGAAGUUUUUCAUCGAUCGUGUUCGUCGUCAGCUGAAAGUUGUACUCUGCUUCUCUCCGGUAGGAACUACCCUACGCGUUCGCUCGCGCAAAUUUCCCGCCAUAAUUACCUGUACCCAAAUCAAUUGGUUCCAUGAGUGGCCGCAGGAAGCAUUGAUGUCCGUGUCGUUGCGUUUUCUACAAGAGUUAACGAUCUUACCGAACGAUUGCAAAGACUCAAUUGCACGGUUCAUGGCUUAUGUACACACCUCGGUUAACUCAAUGUCGAAAGUUUUCUUACAAAACGAGCGACGCUACAACUAUACGACUCCGAAAUCUUAUCUGGAGCAAAUUAGUCUGUAUGAUAAGUUGUUGAAGGAGAAACAUGGCGAUUUGCGCCAAAAAGUAGAACGACUCGAAAAUGGGUUGGAAAAACUCCGAACCACCGCCGAUCAAGUUGCGAGCCUAAAGCAAAAACUAGCAGUUCAGGAAGUUGAACUCAAGGAGAAAAAUGAAGCGGCAGAUGCUCUCAUUGAAAUGGUUGGUGUUGAAACGGAGAAGGUACAAACCGAAAAGGCUAUUGCUGACGAGGAAGAACAAAAGGUAGCAGUGAUUGCUCAGGAGGUCGCCAAAAAACAACGCGAUUGCGAAGAAGACCUUGUUAAAGCAGAACCCGCAUUGAUUGCUGCCCAGGAAGCUUUGAACACCCUCAACAAAGCCAAUCUAACUGAGUUGAAGUCGUUCGGUUCGCCUCCUGGUGCUGUGACCAAUGUUACCGCUGCCGUAAUGGUUCUACUAGCUCCGAAUGGUAAAAUUCCAAAGGACCGUAGCUGGAAAGCGGCCAAAAUCGUUAUGGCAAAAGUGGAUUCAUUUCUGGAUAUGCUCAUAAACUAUGACAAAGAGCAUAUUCACCCGGAAAUCAUAAAAGCUAUUCAACCGUAUUUGAAAGAUACGGAAUUCGAUCCUGACUUUAUCCGUUCAAAAUCGGCUGCCGCAGCUGGAUUGUGUGCUUGGGUUAUCAAUAUUAUCAAAUUCUACGAUGUUUUCUGUGAUGUCGAACCCAAAAGAAAGGCACUAGCGGCUGCCAAUGCCGAGCUCACUGCUUCCCAGGAGAAAUUAGCUUGUAUCAAGAAAAAAGUCACGUCACUUGAAGAACAGUUAGCCACAUUAACUGCUGAUUUCGAAAAGGCUACUGCAGAUAAAGUUAGAUGCCAACAGGAAGCAGAUGCUACACAGGCCACCAUUCAACUUGCAAAUCGUCUGGUAGGCGGUCUGGCAAGUGAAAAUGUUCGUUGGGCAGAAGCUGUAGCCGAAUUCAUGCAACAAGCAACCACCUUACCGGGUGACAUACUCUUGAUUACGGCUUUCAUAUCAUACGUUGGGUGUUUCACGAAACAGUUCCGAACAGAUCUGUUGAACAAAAUGUGGCUUCCGUUCCUGAGAGCCCUAGAACCCGGCAUACCUAUAACUGACAGUCUUGAUCCAUUAAGAUUACUGACCGAUGACACUCAGAUUGCAACUUGGCAGAACGAAGGUUUACCAAGCGAUCGAAUGUCCAUCGAAAACGCUACGAUUCUGUCCAACUCCGAUCGCUGGCCGUUGAUGAUCGAUCCGCAGCUACAGGGUAUCAAAUGGAUCAAGCAAAAGUACGGUGAAAUGUUGAAGGUUAUAAGAUUAGGUUCAAAAGGAUAUUUAGAGAUUCUCGAGACAGCACUGGCUAAGGGUAGUACAGUUUUAAUUGAAAACAUUGGCGAAAACGUUGACCCUGUUCUGGAUCCGUUGCUAGGCCGGAAUCUGAUUAAAAAAGGAAGAGCCAUCAAAAUUGGAGACAAAGAAGUGGAAUAUAACCACAAUUUCAGGCUUAUUCUACAUACCAAACUAGCAAAUCCUCACUACAAACCAGAAAUGCAAGCUCAAACAACGCUCAUUAAUUUCACCGUUACACGUGACGGCCUUGAGGACCAACUGCUUGCGGAGGUUGUCAAAGCAGAGCGUCCGGAUCUGGAGGAACUGAAGGCGGACCUCACGAAACAACAGAACGACUUCAAGAUUAUGCUCAAAAGACUGGAAGACGAUCUCCUUUCGCGUCUUUCCUCAGCCGGUGGCAACAUCCUGGGAGACACAGCCCUGGUAGAAAACCUCGAAACAACUAAGAAAACGGCUGCUGAGAUCGAGGAGAAGGUUACCGAAGCUAAGGUUACUUCGAAGGAGAUCGACGAGGCGCGGGAACACUAUCGUCCAGCGGCAGCGAGAGCCAGUUUAUUGUAUUUCAUUUUGAACGAUUUGAACACGAUUAACCCCAUUUACCAAUUUUCGCUAAAAGCAUUCAGUGUGGUCUUCCAAAAAGCUAUUUCAAGGGCUGAACCAGCAGAACAGGUUCCAUUGAGAGUCCAAAACUUGAUCGAUUGUAUAUCUUUUUCGGUUUUCCAAUACACUACACGUGGACUGUUCGAGUGUGAUAAACUUAUUUUCAUGUCUCAAAUGACUUUUCAGAUUUUGCUUAUGAGCGAAGAGAUUACCCCUGCCGAACUAGAUUUUCUGCUACGUUUCCCCAUCAAACCGCAUGUCACAUCUCCUGUUGACUUCCUUACAAACUUAGCUUGGGGUGGAAUUUGUAGUUUGGCCUCGAAGGAUGAGUUUCGUAAUCUGGACCGUGACAUCGAAACCUCAUCAAAACGCUGGAAAAAAUUGAUCGAAUCGGAGUGUCCCGAAAAAGAAAAAUUCCCUCAAGAAUGGAAGAACAAAACCGCCCUGCAAAGGCUCUGUAUGAUGAGAGCUCUGAGACCAGACAGAAUGACCUAUGCAAUGACUGACUUUAUAGAGGAAAAGCUAGGCGCAAAAUACGUUGAGAAUCGAACUAUGGAAUUUGCAAAAUCUUUCGAAGAAACGAGCCCAUCUACACCGAUUUUCUUCAUUCUCUCGCCCGGUGUGAAUCCCUUGAAGGACGUUGAAGCAUUAGGAAAGCAACUGGGUUUCUCGUCGGACCAAAAUAAUUUCUACAACGUUUCUUUGGGUCAGGGACAGGAAGUGGUAGCAGAAGCUGCAAUGGACAAGGCGGCAACAGCUGGACAUUGGGUUGUGCUGCAAAAUAUUCAUCUUGUGAAGAAAUGGUUACCCUCACUGGAGAAAAAGUUAGAACAUUACUCUGAGGGAUCACAUGAGGAUUACAGAGUGUUUAUGAGUGCGGAACCUGCCGCUACACCGUCGGCCCAUAUCAUUCCCCAAGGUAUCCUGGAAUCAUCGAUCAAAAUCACCAAUGAGCCCCCAACCGGAAUGCAAGCAAAUCUUCACAAAGCUUUGGAUAACUUUACCCAGGAAACAUUGGAGAUGUGCGGAAAAGAAGCUGAGUUCAAAGUGAUUCUGUUCUCACUCUGUUACUUCCAUGCAGUAGUAGCGGAACGUCGCAAGUUUGGCCCCCAAGGAUGGAAUAAAAUUUAUCCCUUUAACGUCGGUGAUCUGAAUAUCUCAGUAUCGGUUUUGUAUAACUAUCUGGAAGCGAACUCAAAAGUCCCGUGGGAAGAUCUUCGUUAUCUAUUCGGUGAAAUUAUGUACGGAGGUCACAUCACCGACGAUUGGGAUCGUAGAACCUGUAUAACUUAUCUGGAAGAAUUGAUGCAGCCCGACCUGGUUGACGGUGAACUAUUCCUGGCGCCUGGAUUCGCCGCUCCCCCGAAUACUGACUAUGCUGGCUACCACGCCUACAUAGACGAUGCAAUGCCUCCAGAAUCUCCAUACCUGUACGGAUUACAUCCAAAUGCGGAAAUCGGUUUCCUGACUACGACUUCGGAGAAUCUCUUCCGAACCGUCUUCGAAAUGCAACCACGCGAUGCAGGAGCUGGAUCAGGUACGACGGUUACUCGAGAAGAUAAAGUCAAACAGGUACUCGAUGAAAUUUUGGAGAAAUUACCCGAAGAAUUUAAUAUGUCUGAGAUCAUGGGAAAAGUUGAGGAACGUACGCCGUAUGUGGUAGUCGCAUUCCAAGAAUGCGAACGAAUGAAUUAUCUAACAGGCGAGAUGAAGAGAAGUCUGAAGGAAUUGGAUCUCGGUAUGAAGGGUGAGCUGACGAUAACAUCCGACAUGGAAGACCUGGAGAACUCAUUGUUUCUAGACCAGGUGCCAAUUAUAUGGUCUGCCCGGGCAUACCCGUCUUUGCUUGGUUUGACAGCGUGGUUCGUUGAUCUGUUGUUGCGGUUGCGUGAACUUGAAACAUGGUCUGCAGAUUUUGUCCUUCCAACAUCGGUUUGGCUUGCAGGAUUUUUCAACCCACAGUCAUUGUUGACUGCCAUCAUGCAGUCGACUGCACGGAAGAAUGAACUUCCUCUCGACAAAAUGUGUCUGCAUUGUGAUGUCACCAAGAAGCAAAAGGAUGAUUUUACAGCUGGACCCAGAGAAGGAGCAUAUGUACACGGAAUUUUUAUGGAAGGAGCUCGAUGGGAUAUCUCACAAGGAAUAAUUAUGGAGUCCAAACUAAAAGAAUUGUAUCCUCAAAUGCCAGUCAUAAACAUUAGGGCUCUUACCCAAGAUAAACAAGAUCUUCGUAACAUGUAUGAGUGUCCGGUUUAUAAAACUAGGACUCGAGGACCAACCUAUAUUUGGACAUUUAACCUGAAGACGAAAGAUAAACCGGCCAAAUGGACACUAGCCGGUGUUGCACUAUUGUUACAAGUUUAAUUAUGUAGUUUUUUGAAAUGUUGGAGAAUUUGUUAGAAUCUCGACGCCCGUCAGUAAGCAUAGUAAUGAACAGGACAUUCACAAUAAAAAUUGAGCGUUACACACAACCCAAGUCACGAAAAGUUUUUUCUAAACUUGAA